CACAAACGAAAGAAAUAACAGAACAUAACAUAACAGAGGAAAACCAUGAAUGCCCCUGAUCGUUAUGAACGUUUUGUUGUCCCUGAAGGAACCAAAAAGGUAUCUUAUGAGAGGGAUACAAAGAUCAUAAAUGCAGCUUCUUUCACAAUUGAAAGAGAGGAUCACACAAUUGGCAACGUUCUCCGCAUGCAGUUGCAUAAAGACCCUAAUGUGUUAUUUGCUGGAUACAAGCUUCCUCACCCUCUUCAGUACAAAAUUAUUUCCAGGAUACACACUACUAGUCAGUCUUCACCAAUGCAGGCAUAUAACCAGUCUAUCAAUGAUCUAGAUAAGGAACUUGAUCAUUUGAAGAGUGGCUUUGAGACGGAGUUGUUGAAGUUUUCGAAGGACUGUUGAUUUACAGUCAAGAGAUGUGUGUAGUGAAAACCUUUGCAGAUAUUGAGACAGCAGAUCAAUUCCAUGAAAUGAAAUUUAUGUAGGAUACUUUGUGUUUUAUGAGACUUGUUAAAGAUUCUUGUGUUGACAAUUUUAAUCAUCGUUUCUAUAUUUACAAAAUCCUGUAAUAGGAAGAAGUAGUAAAUUUUAUCACAUGAAUCAUGA